AUGUGGGACGACACCAAGGCUGUCCGAGAAUUGCGCGCGUCCGGGUGCUCUACGCAGUGGCCUGAUGAAUUGAAGACGUGGAUGGACGAUGUCGAUCCGAGUAGCGUCCAGGCAAGCGAAUGGGUCGCCAUGUCGGCAUUGAGCGGUUUGAGCCAAUAUCAAACCUAUAUGCCACCGGACGCCUUGUCAUCGCCCUCGGCGUCAUUCCAAGGCGCAUCCAUCUUGUCGCAGCAAUACGUUGUCCUGGACGGCCAUACGAUCCACAACUUGGAGUUGCUCCAGAACAAUGACAACGGUCACGGUGGACUGGGUCAAUGCUGGCACAACUCGACCGUGACGAAUUUCGGCAAGCGGCUAUUUGAAGAAUAG